AUGAGUUCCGAAAUCAAGACCAUGGAAGAUGGCAGCGAUUGCCCUGGAGUCUGCGUUCAACCAGAAAGUCCUCCACGAUCAGAUCAGGAUCUGAAGACCAUCACCUGCGGAUGCGGUUUUGGCUAUUACACCGACGCGGGAGUUUGGGUGUCAGGCGCUGCUGUCCGAGCCGGUCGCGCGCCACCCAGGCCAACAGAGCCCAAGGCAGAAUCAGACAGCGAGGGCCAGGAUGGAAAGUAG